AUGGAGGUUGAACUAGAGGAGUUCGAGAGUGAAGAAAAGUACCGCUACGAAAUCCUGAAACCGGAAGAAAUAGUGACAGACAUGUUAAAAAAAAUAACGUUUAUCACGACAAUUCUCGAGGUGCCAAAAACAACCACCAGAAUUUUGUUGCACCACUUCAAGUGGAACGAAAAGAAGCUCCUAGAAGACUAUUUUUCCAAGGACAGAGCUGCCAUCUUCAAGGCGGCUGGCCUAGUAGACCCUUUAAGUGUUUCAAAAUCUAAAGAGCUCCCUUCAGAUUCAACAGAGUUCUGCGAAAUUUGCUUGAGUCCGUUUCCCAGGAGUUUGAUGACCGGCCUGGAGUGCGGGCACCGUUUUUGCGGCGACUGCUGGGCGGAAUAUCUCUCGGUGAAGGACUAUAGCGACGAGUGCAAACUAGAUGAGUACGAGAGCGCGAGCAACAGUGAAUCAGAUAGUGAAGAAGAGUACCCCUACGAAAUCCUGGACCCGGAAGAAAUAAAGAUAGACAUGUUAAAAAAAAUAAAGUUCAUCACAAGAAUUUUCCAGGGUGAGUGCCUUUCCAUCUCCUGUCCUGCUCACAAGUGCGAGAUUUUAGUUGACGACGUCUCCGCGAUGGCGCUGAUCAAGGAUUCCAAGGUAAGGUCCAAGUACCAGUGCUUGAUAACGCAGGGUUUCGUUGAGCGCAACAGAUUAUUGAAGUGGUGCCCGGCUCCAGACUGCAACCGUGCGGUUAAAGUCCAGUAUGUGAAUUUUAAACCCGUAAAGUGUACCUGUGGCCAUAGAUUUUGUUUCAAGUGCAGUGAAACGUGGCACGCGCCCAUUUCGUGGGACGAAGAGAAGCUCCUCGAUGACUAUUAUUCCAAGGACAGAGCUAGCCUCUUCAAGGCGGCUGGCCUAGUAGACCCUUUAAGUGUCUCAAAAUCCAAAAAACUCCCUUCAGAUUCAACAGAGUCCUGCGAAAUUUGCUUGAGUCCGUUUCCCAGGAGCUUGAUGACUGGCCUGGAGUGCGGGCACCGUUUUUGCGGCGACUGCUGGGCGGAAUAUCUCUCGGUGAAGGUCAUGUCAGAGGGGGAGUGCCUUUCUAUCUCCUGUCCUGCUCACAAGUGCGAGAUUUUAGUUGACGACAUCUCCGCGAUGGCGCUGAUCAAGGAUUCCAAGGUAAGGUCCAAGUACCAGUGCUUGAUAACGCAGAGUUUCGUUGAGUGCAACAGAUUAUUGAAGUGGUGCCCGGCUCCAGACUGCAACCGUGUGGUUAAAGUCCAGGAAGUGGAAUUUAAACCCGUAAAGUGUGCCUGUGGCCGUAGAUUUUGUUUCAAGUGCAGUGAAACGUGGCACGCGCCCAUUUUGUGCGAUUAUUUGAAAAAAUGGGUCAAGACUGCCGCUGAAGAUUCGGCUACCUCCCACUGGCUCGGAAUUAACACCAAGGACUGCCCCAAGUGCAACACGGCGAUUGAAAAAAAUGGCGGCUGCAACCACAUGACCUGCAGGAAGUGCAAGUAUGAGUUCUGCUGGAUCUGCAGUGUUAAUUGGGCGCAUCAUAAUGUUAAUUAUAGCUGCAAUAGAUUCGAAAGUGCCGAAGCGCAGAAUGAACAAAAGACCAAUAGAUCUAAGCUCAAUAGGAUCUUGUUUUAUUACGACAGAUAUGUCAACUACAAGAAGUCUUUUGAAAAAGACAAUGACUUGUGCUUUAUUAUUGGGGAGACUAUUACCAAGUUCCAAACUUUGGGCAUGUCCUGGAUGGAAGUUCAGUUUUUGACCAGGGCGCUGGAGGCGCUAAGGCAGUGCAGGGUUACUUUGAUGUACUCGUACCCAUUUGCUUAUUAUGUAGAGUCUUGCAAUCAGAUGGAUAUCUUUGUGGACAAUCAGCGUGACUUGGAGAUUGCGACUGAGGAACUGGCGCAAUAUUUGGAACGGGAGUUGCAGACUGAUAGUGUGGUAGAGGUUAAGCAGAAGGUUAGGGACAAGACGGCUUAUUGUGAAGACCGGAGGAAGGUUCUGUUGGAUCAUGUUCAUGAAGGCUACGACAAAGAUUGGUGGAAAGACAAUUUGCUU